UCUCUUCGGCUGGUGAAUUCAACGCUUGCGCGCGAACCUAGUUCGCGUCAGUGAUUUCAACGCCCGUAACAAUCCUACCGUCAGUGAUUUCAACGCCCGUAACCAAUCUACCGUCAGUGAUUUCAACAGUUGUAACGCAAUUCGAUAGUUUUGACAAGGAAAAUCUCUACUCACAUUUUGUCAUGGAAGAUGUUCAGUCAGUGCUUUGUUAUCUCAGCUAAAGUAGGAUCAUUUUAAAGACUGUCAUCCCAACGUGCCGGGUUUCGAUGUCUGUGUGCGAAAAGGACUGAACAUGAUCCAACCUUACUUCAAGACCGGCUUGGUCAAGUACAACGUGCGACCGUUCGAUCCGCAUUUUGCCAAGGAAAUAACAGCUAGUAGAGGACUGCCGAAUUUCGGCUUCACUCUGACUCUGCAAAACGUCACCGAGAUCGGAUGGAACAUGAGCAAAGUGACAAAAUUCGUUUCCGAUUUGAAAAAUUACAAGAUUGUGUACACGCAAACUUUUCCGGAGAAGUAUCUGAAUGGCAGUUAUGAAUUUAAAGCAGUGGUUCUCAGUUCUAGUUUUCAAAAUAAAGGAAAAUUCUCAAUGGCUUUGUACAAUUUGAUGCAAACGACCACCAUAACCAAACUACCGGGACAGAAGUUGAAGGUUUAUAUAGACGUGGAAAGCAUGAAGGACAUGCAGCUUCACAUCACAAAUCUUGUAUUCGGCAAGAAGUUUGUGGAGGAUUUUCUCGAUCGGAUAAUUAACAGCGCAUGGCAGCCUGGUUUUGUAAUAAUGAGACCUUUAAUCAACGAACUCGUGUCCAAUGCUUUCACGGAAAUUUUCGACACCGGUUUCCGAAAUUUUCCGUUCGAACAGAUUUUCAAACCAAAACUGUCGUCGAAUUCGACUCGGGAGUGGAAUUAAAAUAAAAAAAAAAAAAAA